GCUAAGAAAGACGUUGCUGGUAAGCCUAGCUCAUCCUCAGGUGGAAAGAAGGCCAAGAAGGCAAGUAAGUGGUCUGCCAAGAAGGUUAAGGAUAAGUCCAACAACAUUGUUAUCCUCGAUAAGCCCACCUAUGACCGUUUGUUCAAGGAAGUUCCUACUUACAAGCUCAUUUCUCAAUCAGUCUUGGUCGAUCGUCUUAAGUUGAACGGUUCUUUGGCCCGUGUUGCUAUCCGCGAGCUCGAAGCUCAAGGUUUAAUCAAGGCCAUCUCUCGUCAUCAUGCUCAAGUUAUCUACAGUAAGUUUUAA